UAGAGACAUGCUUGCUGCUGUGUGUACGCUGCACCUGGCUGUCCUGGGAUGUCUCUUAGGGACAGCAUGCUCAAUUGAGGUGAUCACCAGUAAGGAGCUGGAGGCUAUAAAUGGCACUGAUACCCGCCUGAAGUGCACCUUCAGUUCAUCAGCACCAGUGGGUGAUAAUGUCAUCAUAGCCUGGAUGUUUCGUCCAAUCUCAGGAGGAGAUGAUCAAACUAUCUUUUAUUACCACAAAAAUCCAUAUCCUCCAACUGAUGGACAUUUUCAAGGCCGUGCAGUUUGGGAUGGAAACAUUAUGCGCAAUGAUGCAUCUAUAGUAAUCAGGAACAUUCAAUCCACGGAUAAUGGAACAUACCUAUGCCAGGUUAAGAAUCCUCCUGAUGUACAUGUGGAGAUGGGGGAAAUCCAGGUCAGAGUGGUUAACAAAGCUAAGUUGUCUGAAAUAUUUGUGCUAGCCUUGGUUAUUGGAGUAGGCAGCGCAGUGAUCAUCCUGAUAGUCCUAGCCUUUGUCCUCUGUCGAUACUAUCGUAUAAAGAAAAUCCAUCGGAGUACUCCUGUGUCUGUGCUAGAAUGUUCAGAAAAGUUAAAUGAGAAGCCAGGUGACAUGAAAGAGGUUUAUGCGUAAUCACUUGGGCCACCCAAUGAGAGGAACCAGCUGAACCUACAAAGGAUAAACCAUGUUCAGGUCACUUAAAUUAAUACUGGGCCUCGAUUUUUUGGCUGGACCCAACUCCACAAAAGCAGCAGAGCUGCGUUGACAGGAAUAUUACAGUCUGUCAUAAAAAAAUCUGAAAGUUUGUUUUUUUCUUUUGUGGGUAGAAACUACCACUGUUUUCGCAACUGCCAGAGUUAUGGGAAUCUUUCAGCACUGAUGUGAUCUGCUGUGGUGCCACAAGGAAACCUAGCUCCGAACUGCUAAUGCAGAUUUAUAGUACUUGCACAUUUCUUCUUCCAUGUCUGAAGCCGGAUAUGCUUCAAACGUCUGUAACUGUAAACUUCAGUUUUAAUCAUAUUAGUUUUUGUAUGAUUGUCCUUUUUUUUAAAGUCUUCUAGUAAAGAAAAGACAUUUAGAAGCUGAUGCACUCAUUUGAGCAACUACAUGAAUCCUCAAAUCCUCACAGCUCUAUUUAUACUAUAUUACCUGAUGACAGCUUGUUGAUUCUCAAGACAACACAAAUUGGAUUUUUUAAAGUCAACGAAUGUGACAAAACUGCGAUAAGUUGAAAAAGUCUAAAUUUUUGCAGCUUUUUCCCACAUGUGCUUUUUCAGUUCAGAUUUUUUGAUAAAUGCCAAACAUUCAUGGAAAUGGAAAGGUUAGGUAAAGUAAAAAAAAAUUUUGAUUUCUAUAGUUGGGAAUGGUACACAUACACCAUUUUUAAAAAAUAAAUUGAGUUUGAAGAUAUAAUUUAACUUAUGUUAUAGAAUGGCCUUUUUUAAGCAACUUUUAAUUGGUCUUAAUUUUUUUCCAGUUUUUUAAUUAUUUACCUUCUUUCACCUCUUUCCAGCUUUCAUAUAGGCAUUACUAACACUGGCAGCCAAAAAAUAUUGCUCUGUGAGUCUACAAUUGUACUGUUAUUGGUAUUUAUUAUAAGUUAUCUUUCUAUUCUGGGCCCUUCUCUAUUCAUCUACCAGUUUUUCAUUGAAAUCACUGGUUACUAGGGUAAAUUCAACCCAAGCAGCCAGAUAACUGGCAAAAUUGCAAACUGGAGAGCUGCUUUAAAAAAACCUAAUUCAAAAAACAAAACAAAAGAAAACAAUUAAGACAAAUUGCAAAUCGUGUCAGAAUAUCACUGUCUAAAUUGUAAUAAAUGUUAAUUUAAAGGUGAACUACCCCUUUAAUUGGUUACUUUUGACUCUUGCACCUGCACUAAUUCAGCAUGGCUAUGUGAGGGAAUAGAAUGUUUGCAAGAAAACUUGAUUGAGAAUGUUUUAAUCUACUAAUUGUUAUGUCAAAAAUAGCUGAUUUGAAUUGAUUACAAUGUUUGCUUUGUAUAAGAGAUUCUAAUUAUGUACUUUGCUACCUAUGUAUUUCUAUGAAGCCCUGUAAAUAUUUAUAUUAUGUUGUUUUUAAUUUCAUUAGAGUACCUACAAUAUGCAAAUACUAUUUUUCUAUUGUUUCUGUUGUCUUUGUUAUUUUCUCUUUUGUCAAUGCAAAUGUAAGAUGUGCUUUUUUUUUUUUUAUCUAUGCUGGCACCAUGGCACCAUACUGUUAUUUGUCAGUCGGUGCAGGAUAUUGUACUUUAAACUAGAUCCCAAAGUAGCUUGCUCAUUUCCCGAUGGUAUCAGCACCCUACCUCCAAACAAACAUGCCUUUUUGGAUAUUGAAUUUCCCACAUUGUUUGUCUCUUGUGUGGAAGUACAGAAAGGGAUCGGUCACAGCUCCACUGUAUUGACAAGAACAAUGAUGCCAUUUAGCAAAGCUCUUUUGACUGUUGUGAAUAAGUAGGGACAUUUUUGCUCGUUUCUCAUGCCAUAUCAUCUUCAAUUCGGAAUGCUGUGAAGGGUCAGAAUUCUGGCCAAGUUCCAGUGACAUCACAUGCAAUGUCCUAGUUGGGUUUUGUAUAACAUAUGUACUAAUAAAGUUAUGCUUUUAAAGGAGAAG